AUGGGUGCAGCAAAGUUCAUUGAGAAAGAGUCUUCAAGUAACGUUGCAACUAAGAACACUAAUGAGAAUUCAAACAAGAAUAAUGAAAUAAAAAGCAUAUUAGUGAAAAAACCUUUCUCGUUGCAAAAAGCUUUAUUCGACAAGAAGCAUCCAUCGCAUGCCAUUAAGAAAUACAACUCAAAAUCAGAAAAACAAAAUAAAAAUAACUUAAGAGACAAGUUUGCAUCUCCAACAGAUAGAUUAUUAUCACCAUGCUCAAAGAAAUUGAACGAUCAUAAAUCUAAGCUGUUCAAAGUAAAUUCAGUUCCAACCAAGUUGACAUUCAACCAGAAAAAUGAAUCUGAUGAUUAUGAUUCUGAUUUAAGUGACUCAUAA